AUGGUGAACGCCACACUCAUCGCCAGCGAUGUGCCGGCAAAAGCCGCCCUGUCCAUGACACCGUGUUUUUUCUUCCUCUACAUAAAUGUUGUCAUGUUAAUCACCCUGAGGAGUAAGGCCAUCUUCCGAGAGACCUCCCGCUACAUCCUCUUCACCAACAUGUUGUUCACUGACUCUCUGACCCUGGUGAUCUGCAUGUUGAUGUAUAUCUUUGCCAUCAUCAGGCUGUACAUAAGUAGCAUUGUGUGUGCCCUUGUGAUUCUUGCUGGAGACGUCAUCUCUCUUAUCUCCCCACUCAUCUUGGCCGUGAUGGCUUUGGAGCGGUACAUCGCCAUCUGCUUCCCCCUCAGGCAUGCUGAGAUCACCAUGUGCAGGAGGACGGGCGUGGCCAUUGCCAUUGUGUGGGCGCUGGGCUCAGUGAAGGCUUUCACCAACCUGAUUUUGCUCCUUAUCUCAGGACCAAUUCUCUCUACAUUGGAUUUCUGCUCAGGAUUAUCCAUGCCCGAUCAGUUCACGGACGUAAAUAAUGCAUUCACAAUCAUCUACUUCCUGUCAGUGGGGAUCACCAUUGUGUACACGUACAUUGGCAUUGUUGUGGCUGCGAGAUCAGCUUCCUCAGACAAAUGUUCAGCUGCUAAGGCCCACAGGACACAGCACCCAGGAGACCCAAACUGA